CCACCGCUCUCCCCCUCCCCCCUCCCUCCUCCCCUUUUCACUCCAACCCUCAACAACCAUAACCCUCGUCACAUUACCGGGAGCCGAGAGUUGUAUUUUUAAACUCUUGGUUGGGUUGAGUUACGGGCAGUCCUGCGUCUAGACGAGUGCAGUUAUAUCGUGGGCUACCCCUUUCUGAGAUAUUCAUAGUCUGCCAACACAAUCGGUCUGAUAUUUGUAGUCGAGCAAGACUACUCCUGCACGAGAGAGAAGAGGUUAGGACGCGUAGAUUGUGAGCACCAAACAAAGCAGCCAGGCAUACUCCAGUGCCGGAUGGGCGGGCGCGCUGCAGGCGCUUCCAGCAGCCUCAGCCCCGGUUUCUGUUCCAGCUGAGCCCAGCAUUCACUGGUGUUGUAUUUCGCCAUGGAGAUGGAGUGCGACAUCUGCACCGAGGAGUUUGACACCGGCGAGCGACUGCCAAAACUGAUCCAACCGUGCACGCACACGGUGUGCCUGCGGUGCCUGCGGCAUCUGCGCGACAGGAAAUGCCCGAUGUGCCGACAGGAUUUCAAAUGCAAGCCGGAGCGAUUCCCCUGCAACUGGUCGGUGUUGGAGUUGCUCGGAGGCGUGCGGCAGGACCUCGAGCAGGACUUGGACUCGGACACUGACUCAUCCAACUCGGCGGAGAGCAGUGAUUCUAGCUGGACUACACUGGGGAGCGACAGUGAGGACAGUUAUUGGGGAUCGGGCAAUACUUCUAGCGCAGAAAGCAGCUGGGCCAGUUUUUCUGAAAACGAUAGUGAUUCAAGUUUGGGAGCGGUUGAUAAUUCAAGCUCGGAAGCAGACAGUGAGUCGAGCUCGGAAGCAGACAGUGAGUCGAGCUCGGAAGGGAGUAGCGAUCGCAGCUCAGAAGUGGCAAGUGGUCCAAACUCGGAGGCGACCAAUAAUUGGAGCUCUGAAACAGACAGUGACAGCGGUUCGGGAGCGGCUAAUACUUCCAGCUUGGAACCGCCGAGUGAUAUCCUCUUCCCAAUGAAGUCCAGCUCGGAAGACAGUUUGGAGUUGGACGGUGAUGGCAGUCUCGAGGGAGGCGUAAGUGAUCCCAGCACUUAAUGAUUCCAGCCUGGGCGCCAAGUGACCUCGAAAUGGACAGUGAUUCCAACUUGGAAUCAGCAAGUGAUGGCAGCUGAGAGGUGGACAUCGAUUCAGGUUGUGCAUCUAUGACAGCAAAGACUGAUCUCUUCAGACCUCGGAUAGCAUGUUUUUUAUUUACCUCCGAAUUAAAUUAAGAAAGUGACCUCAGCGUGUCACCAA